CCGCGCUUCCCUCUUCCUCUUGCCUUGACUAUUCCCUUUCACUUAUCAUCUUCUCGGCCCGAAGCCUUCAAGCUAUUUCCAUAGCUCCCCUUUGAGUUCUGACUUUGAAACAGAUCUCUUUAUCCCCUUCCCGUCCUGCGCUUCCCUUCGCCCAAAUUAUCUAGUAUAGCCGAUACCGAUGGAAUCUGUCGUUCGGAAGCCUGAAGUGAGCUUUCAGAGCCACCACAACAUGGCUGUCAACCAACAGCGAGAGCAAUCUCGGCUCAAAGCAAGCCCCCAGGACGAUUUACACGAUCUGCUCUGUGUGGGAUUCGGACCUGCGUCACUCGCAAUCGCAAUUGCAUUGAACGAUGCGCUGGACCCAUGCUUGAAUAAAUCCGCCUGCAGCUCCGGUUGGCAACCCAGAGUCUGCUUCUUGGAGCGCCAAAAGCAAUUCGCCUGGCAUCCGGGCAUGUUGCUACCUGGAUCAAAGAUGCAAAUUUCUUUCAUCAAGGAUCUGGCCACCCUCCGUGAUCCCCGCAGCAGUUUCACCUUCCUUAAUUACCUUCACCAGAAGGAGCGGUUGAUCCACUUCACGAACCUGGGCACGUUCACUCCAGCUCGCCUUGAAUUUGAAGAUUAUAUGCGGUGGUGUGCGCAGAGAUUCUCCGAAGUGGUCUCCUACGGAGAAGAAGUUAUUGAUGUGGUUCCGAGCAAAACCGAUUCGACGGGCUCGGUAGUUGACUACUUCAUUGUCCGGUCCCGCAAUGUCGAAACUGGAGAGGUUUAUUCCAGAACGGCACGUAAGGUUGUGGUUGCCCUUGGUGGCAGUCCGAAAAUGCCACCAGGCCUUCCCCAGGACCCCCGAAUCCUGCACUCGUCCCAAUACUGCACCCAUCUCCCUUCUCUCCUGAAUGACGAGCGCAAACCGUAUAAUGUCGCCGUUCUUGGAAGCGGUCAAAGUGCUGCAGAAAUCUUCCACGACCUUCAGAAACGUUAUCCCAACUCCAAGACCACCCUGAUUAUGCGGGAUACAUCCAUGCGACCUAGUGAUGAUUCACCAUUCGUCAAUGAACUCUUCAACCCUGAGAGAAUCGAUAGGUUUUACAAUCUCUCUGCCGCUGAACGUCAACGUUCCCUCAAGGCCGACAAGGCCACCAAUUACAGUGUAGUCCGACUUGAGCUUAUCGAGCAAAUUUUUGAUGACAUGUAUACUCAGCGCAUUCAAAACCCGGAUGAGACCCAGUGGCAACACCGCAUUUUGCCGGGUCGCAAAGUCACUCGAGUCGAACAUCAUGGACCCCAAAGUCGGAUGCGUAUUCACAUUCGAGCCGCCAAGGAUGGAGCGGAUAGCUUGAUUGGUGAUGGCAAGGAGAUAUUGGAGGUGGAUGCCCUCAUGGUGGCAACGGGCUACAACCGCAAUGCACACGAACAACUUCUGAAAAACGUGCAGCACCUGCGACCGGUGGGGCAGGAUGUGUGGACCCCCGGUCGGGAUUAUCGGGUCGAAAUGGACACCAGCAAGGUUAGCUCCCAUGCGGGCAUCUGGCUUCAAGGCUGCAAUGAGAAGACACAUGGCCUGAGCGACAGUCUUCUGUCUGUUUUGGCGGCGCGAGGUGGAGAGAUGGUGGAUUCGAUUUUUGGUGAACAGCUCGCGGGUGCGACAGUGCCGGCCACCAGAUUGCGCGCCAUGCUGUGAUAGAAGAAGGGUUUAACCAAGCGAGUUACCCGCGAAAUUACCUCAUCGACAUUGCCUAUGGACGCAAUAGAUCAAAAUCUGAUGACUGAAAAGAAAGGAGUAGUGGAAAUAAGGGCGGAGAAGAGCGAGAGAAAAAGAGAAAGGCUUUCUUCAGGAUUUCCCUAGUGUAAACAAUAUAUCUGUUGAUUGUGUUUUUCCCUUAUG